UAGGCCUCAUAACAACAAUGUCUACCACCAACACAUCACAUUCUCUCUCUCUCUCUCUCUCUCUCUAUGGCAAUUUGCAUAUCUUGUAAAAUUUCUAUGAUGCUGUUAGUCUUCCUAUUUGUGAGUUCUUUCAUGGCUGCCUCAGCCAGUAACUUCUAUGAUGACUUCGAUCUAACUUGGGGCAAUCAACGUGCCAGAAUACGCAAUGGUGGCCAACUUCUCACUCUUUCUCUUGACAAGGCCUCUGGCUCUGGCUUUCAAUCCAAAAGAGAAUAUCUCUUCGGAAGGAUCGACAUGCAACUUAAGCUUGUCUCUGGAAACUCUGCUGGCACUGUCACUGCUUACUAUUUGUCUUCUCAAGGACCAACUCAUGAUGAGAUUGAUUUUGAGUUCUUGGGGAAUAUUAGUGGACAACCAUAUAUUGUCCACACUAAUGUGUUCACCCAAGGGAAAGGGAAUAGAGAACAACAAUUCUAUCUCUGGUUUGACCCUACAAGAAACUUUCACACCUAUUCAAUUGUGUGGAACCCCCAAAACAUUAUUUUCUUCGUGGACAACAAACCCAUAAGAGUAUUCAAAAACGAAGAGGCCACCACUGGAGUACCAAACCCUAAAAACCAACCCAUGAGAAUAUACUCCAGCCUCUGGAACGCCGAUGAUUGGGCAACACAAGGAGGUCUUGUGAAAACGGACUGGUCCAAAGCUCCAUUCACUGCUUUUUACAGAAACUUCAAUGCCAACGCUUGUGUACCAUCUUCUUCCUCUUCAUCUCCUUGCUCUUCCAUGACGACAAGCUCUGUAUUGUCUGGUGCCGAGUGGCAGACCCAGGGGCUCGAUGCAGCUGGCCGAAGGAGACUUCGAUGGGUCCAAAAGUAUUACAUGGUUUACAACUACUGCAGCGAUUUGAAGCGUUUUCCACAGGGCCUCCCACCUGAUGCACACGUUAAGCGAAGCAUUAAAACUGUGAACCGGACAAAUUUGAACGGUUCAACCAUUUUCAAAACUUGGAUGAGAACUAAAAGUAAUAAAAACCGGAUCAAACUGAUGGUUUGGACCGGAUUCAAUUGGUUUAUUGGUUCUAUCAUUUUUUUUUUUUUGCCUAGUAAGUAUAUGCAUUGCUUGAAUGAGUUUGUGAGAUAUUAUUGAUUGUGGUGGUGUUUGGUUGGUUAUGCUUGUGAACAUUCUUUGUUGAGUAUUAAAUAAAACAAAUUGUUUGUUUUCCA